AUGAGCCCCAAACGUUUCUUCAUUGCUCUCCUUCAGCUUCAAACUUUUGUCGCAUCGGCUAUGUAUCGUCCUGCAGAAUGGGACCGUCAUGAUGAGAUCAUUAUGGCCUGGCCAUCCAUCGAAAACGACGCCUACGCGGACAAAGGUGGCAGUCGUGAUCUCGCUGCUGCCACCAAAGAUAUUUCAGCUAUUGCCGAGGCAGUCGCUGAAUUUGAGCAAGUUACUCUACUCGUCACCCCAGACCGCCUUAAGGAGGCAAAGAACCGGUUUAAGCACGACGCAGACGAUAUUAUCAUCCAGCCUAUUUAUGACUACCCUAAGCUUGACCUCUGGAUGCGUGAUAUGGCACCAACCUUCGUGUUUGAAGGUUGUCACCUUUCGGGAGUUGACUACAACUUUAAUGGGUGGGGUAAUAAAUACCCGGUCAAUGCUUCUAAAUCCCUUACGUCUCAGGUCUGCGAUAAUAUGGACCUCACUCGGAUUUCGACCUGGCUUGUGACAGAAGGAGGCUCGCUUGAGGUCGAUGGAGACGGUACUCUUUUAAUCACUAAGAGCUCGAUUAUCAACGAGAACCGGAAUCCAGGAAAAAGCCAGAGACAGAUCGAAGAUGAGUUGCGGCGAACGCUUGGUGUCUCAAAGAUUAUCUGGCUUCCCGGUGUUAAAGGCGGUGAUAUUACUGAUGGCCAUGUUGAUGGUCUCGCGCGCUUCGUCGCGCCAGGAAAAGUCGUUAUCAGCAAACCGAACACUCUUGACGAUAGUCAAUUCUCCACAGUAUUUACGGAAGCCCGUUUAAUUCUCUCCAACGCAACAGAUUCUCGUGGCCGACGCCUUGAGGUUAUCGAAAUGGUUGAGGCCGAUUUAUACUCGCUAGGAUUGGACCGAGGUACCUUGAAGAAUAUCGAAAGUUCAGAGGAGGAUUACCCUUCAUUGAGCUACGUCAAUUGGUUGCUCGUGAAUGGUGGAGUUAUCUUCCCCCAAUUUGGGGAUAAGAAGGCGGAUGCCGCGGCCUUGAAGAUCAUCCGUGACCUAUAUAAGGAUCGUCAGGUGAUGACUGUACGCCUCGAUCAGUUGCCAUUCCUAGGCGGGGGCAUUCACUGCUCCACGCAGGAAGUUCCUGAGCACUAA